AGCCAAUGCUGGCGUGCAAUGGCGGCGUACCGGGGAUCCUCGUCCAGAUGGGUUUUCACCCGGGAGCAAUUGGAAAACACGCCGUCUCGCCGCUGCGGAAUAGAACCGGACCGGGAGCUGUCUUAUCGGCAACAAUCCGCAAAUCUUAUCCAAGACAUGGGCCAGAGACUCAACGUGUCACAAUUAACAAUCAACACAGCAAUUGUUUACAUGCAUAGAUUCUAUAUGCACCACUCUUUCACCAAAUUACAUAGAAAUAUAAUUUCUCCAACCACAUUAUUCCUGGCUGCAAAAGUGGAAGAGCAACCACGGAAACUUGAACAUGUGAUAAAAGUUGCACAUGCAUGUCUAAACGCCAAAGAACCACCGCUAGACACAAAAAGUAAUGCAUACCUCCAGCAAGCUCAAGAGCUGGUGAUACUUGAAACCAUAGUGCUGCAGACCCUCGGCUUUGAAAUUACUAUUGAACACCCACACACUGAUGUGGUGAAAUGUUCCCAGCUAGUGCGAGCAAGCAAGGAUCUGGCACAGACUUCCUAUUUCAUGGCUACCAACAGUCUACACCUCACCACCUUCUGUCUCCAGUAUAAGCCUACGGUGAUCGCAUGUGUGUGUAUCCACCUUGCAUGUAAAUGGUCCAACUGGCAGAUCUCCGUCUCAACAGAUGGGAAACCCUGGUGGCAGUACGUGGACAACUCUGUCACCCUGGAACUUCUGAAUGAGUUGACCCAUGAGUUCCUGCAGAUCCUUGAGAAGACACCCAGCAGGUUGAAGAGAAUACGAAACUGGAGGGCAACACAAGCUGCCAAGAAGCCCAAGUCUGAUGGCUCCCAGUCAGCUGACGGCUCCUUUGUUGGUCCCUCCAUGCUCCAAGACCAUUCCAUGGGUGGUCCCUCCACCUCCAGCUCCACCCUCUCUGUGCCCAUGCCCAGCAGUUCAGGAGAGAACUCUCUAGCUGGAUCGUACAGUCUAACAGGCCCCACUGACUGGGUGCCGGUGAUGUACGCCCCAAUCAUUAUAAAACAAGAACCCCUCAGCCCCCCUCACCUGGGGGCAGCACUGUCCUUACAAACUGCCACUUCCUCCUCUUCCUUGCUACAGCAGCCAUCAAUCAAGAUUGAGAAACCACUGGACUUCCAUGCAGUUAAACAUGAACACAAAGUAUCUGGUGGGGGUGGAGGGAACAAGCAUCAACCACCUCCCCUGUCUGCCUUUCCUCCUCCCCCCACCCAGCCUUCCCCGAGUCCCUCCCCAGCUCAAAAGCUCUCACUGGACAAAUACAGAGAGAAACAUGCAGCAGAGCUGGCCGCUGCAGGACAGAAACGCCGGCUGGAGCAGCACGGAGGAGCAGCAGAAUGUGAUCCAAGAGCAGAUUCCUCCUAUACCACCCCCUCCUCCUCUUAUGCGCCUUCCUCUACCUGCCAAGUAGGAAAUAGAAAACACUCACAGCCCCACCAGAUGUUUCAGCAUGCUUAUGGUGGCAGCAGCAGUACCACUGCCUCCCCUGUGAAAGUGAAACUUCCCUCGUCAUCAGGGCAGGAAAGGCGUCACCACAGCGAUAAGCGAGAAAAGGGGUCUGGCUCCCUCAAACUCCGCGUUCCUGUCCCCAUGUCGAGCAGUAGCUCCCAGUCGGACAAAAGUGGACAGCUGAGCAAGGAGGAGCUGAAGAUCAAGGUAUCAUCAACCGAGCGCCACAGCUUGGCAUGUGAGGGCGGGGCAGCAAACAACAGCAGCAGCAAGAGUAAACAUUCCAGCCCAAUGGUGAGCAAGGAGAAGCAGCAUCGGGGAGGUGAGCAUGCUCCUCACCGUCACCACAAGCAUGGUCACAGCCAGUCUCUUGCACACAGCGGCAAUGGGCGGGGGGGGCCCGAGUUGCAUGGGGGCAUGGGAGGGCUCCUCCGGAGUCCCCUGGGACUGGUUGGCAUGGAAGGGGCAGGCUUUGCUCCUUCUGGAACCACCUCUUCUUCCACAUCUUCAUCAUCUCGUAAGCGGGCAUACCCUGAGGCCAUCCACAACAACCACUCCUCCUCGACCUCCUGCUCCAAAGUGAGCAAAAGCUCCAAGGGAGGAGCCAGCGCUGCAGGUACCUCCUCAUCCCCCUGUUCUCCUCACUCUUCUCUUCUACUGCAGUGUAUGUCUUCUGGCUCACGGCUCAAUGGCUAACCUCCUUCUUUCCCUCCUUGCUUCCUUCCUUCUCAUUUCUCUU